UCGAGACAACCCCAGAGAGCACCUUUUCCAUGUGAUCACAGAGGACCUGGAGGAAGGAGAUGCAGACACUUACUGGUGCGGGGUGGACAGGGCCACAAGUGUCCCCCAGGCCCCGGUGGCCGUGACUAUUUUUCCAGGGCUUCAAAUUAGGAAGUGUCUAGAAGAAGAAAAAGGAAGUAAAUGAGAGAGAAACACAAAGGAAACUUGAACAAGUAGAAGGUGGAUGCCCUAGGCUCUGUCAUAAACACCUGGAUUCCAGCUGGGACUUGGAUUUGCUGGGGACACUAGCCAGAGAGACGGGACCAUGUGGCUGUCCCCAGCUCUGCUCCUUCUCUGCCUCUCAGGCUCUUUGUCCCUGACGGGCCCCAGCUCUGUGACAGGCACCUUGGGUGGCUCUCUGAGUGUGCAGUGUCAGUAUGAGGAAGAGUACCAGAGUUAUAAAAAAUACUGGUGCCGAGGGCAGAAUGAGGGCACAUGUGACAAUAUUGUGGAGACCCAGGGAGAAGUGAAAGAAAAGAAUGGUCGCGUGUCUAUCAGAGACCAUGCUGAUCGCCUCACCUUCAUCGUGACCAUGGAGAACCUCACUGCAGACGAUGCUGGAUCCUACUGGUGUAGAGUUCGGAAAACAUGGUACCUGGGCUUCUGGUCAUCUGGCACUUCAGUCCAGGUUAAGGUGUCUGUUUCCCCAGCACCAAGUAAAACCGCAGAGGAGACCACAUGUCAAGCUGCAUCUGACAUCUUUCCGGGGCUGAGUACCAAGCAGAACUUCAGUGCUGAGGAAGUGUUGAUCCACUGCUCGGGGUCCUCGUUCAGCAGCGUCCACUUGCUACUCCUGGUCUUCCUGAAGCUGCCCCUGUUCUUGACAUUGGUGGGUGCUGUCCUCUGGGUGAACAGGCCUCUGAAGGGCCCUGGAGGAAGUCAGCCUGACAAAGAGAAGCCAUCACGUAGUGCACCGUCCCCAGGAAAGCCUUGUCCAGGAAUACAGCCCUUCAGACCAGAUAGAAGAGACCUUCAGACUCUGGACUCCAGGGCAGGGGGGCAGCAGUCCCUGGAUUCUGGAGGCACCUAAGUCUUCUGGAGAUAUUGUUCCUGUGUCUCAAGGGAGAAUCCUGGGUCUUGGAUGACACUUGCUGCAAGUGCUCAGGUGCAGGAAGGAUGAGUCUCCUGGGCCAGUGUUUGGGGUCCUCCUCUCUCUAUCCCAGAUCCCUUGGCCCCUUGCUUUUAUGCCUACCUCUCAAGGGCAAGAAUUCUCUAGAGGUUACUGGAAAGUCCAGCCCUUUACUCUUUUCAUUGCCACAAAAGCUCCUCAGCUCAGUGUCUCCCAGGGUAAUAACCACCUCCUCCCCGUAGCCAGGAGGCUCCCUGAGGACUUACCCCUCAUAGUCUCAGUCUUUGGGCUCAACAGGGCUUCAACCUCACUUGUGUCCCUGUGAUCAGGGAAUGUACGCUGUGCUCAAACAUCUCUGCCUGGGCCGGCCAUCACUGAAGAGCUUUCGGUUAAAGCCCUGGAGCUGGUUGGAGCUGCAGUGGGUGCCCCCAAUAUCACUCCCAGAAUUCUCCACCCUGGUGGGCCUCCUGCACACAGGGCUGGUGGACAGUCCACUGUAGCAGAAGUGUGGCUGAAGCCACCUGUCAACAGUUGGUGCUUUCAAUAGGAGAAGCAGACAGUUUUCUAAAGACAAGGACACAGAGGUGAGGAGUACCUCCCCACAUCAGGUUGACAUGAUGCCACAGCCACCACGGGGCACACCAGC